GAGGAUGAUGAGUAUCGGGUGAGAUUUGGAUUCAGUUCCCAUGUGAGUCUCAUUGAGUUAACUUGAACCAUCGAGUUAUUAACUUAUUACCUUUUUUCUUGUUCGAGUUUAAUUGUGACUCUUUUUUGUUUCAUGUUAACCUUACGGUUAGUUUACAUUUACAUCGACAAUCAACUUAUCGGAUUUAAAUUUCUUUCUGUUUUCUAAUUGUGAUUAACUUAAAUUACUGUGUUGAAAUGGUUUUCAUUUAAUUUUGUUUUUUCUCCAACGUUUCAUGUUAAUCAUUAGUUAAUUGUGUUCUAACUCUUACCUAUUCCACCUCCUCUCUCUCUCUCUCUUGUUGAUCAUCAAUUGUUUUUCAAUCACAAUUUUCCUCUUAAAUUAUGAUCCCUCUGUGAUUAUAAUUGUCUAUUUGAUUGAUUGAUUGAUUGAUGUGUUAAUUAUUACAACGGCAUCUUUUUCAUCAUUAGUGUUUUAUUUUCGUUCAAUAUUAUAAAUCAUCUUAAUCAACAACAAUUUUAUUGAUCAUCUUUUAAUUUAUUAAUUAAUUGUCUCCAUCUACUUGACAAAACUUAAGGUAACUAUUGGCUCCAUGGACAUUGAAAAUCAACUUAAUCACAAACAAUUUGAUCAAUUUAACAAUCAACAAUCAACAAUAUUACUACAUGAUUAUCCUUAAUUACUCCUGUAAUUUAGUAAUGAAUAUAAACAAAAUUAUCUCCUGAUUUAAAUAUAUUUUUUUCCAGUCAAUUUUAAAUCACAUUAUCAAGUUAAUUUACCAACUGUGAUAUUUAACUAACCAAAUUUACAAGUUAUAUUAGUUAAUUACAAUUAAGAAAAUCAUACAAUAUAACUUUCAUCAUCAUCUUAACAUCAAGGCAACACAACAACAACAACAACAAUUAAAUACUAAUUACAAUAAGAUUUAUAUGUUCAUGGGAUUCAACAGUAUUGAGAGUCAUCAUCAUUUUGACCGUAACAACAGUCAUCAUCAUCAUCAUCAUCAUCAUCGUCAUCAUCAACAACAACAUCAUAAUUAUCACCAAUUGAUUUCGUUACUUUCUAAUCAAUCAACUGUAAACGUCCCAACGAUUCUUGAUAAUUAUCGUUACCACCCAAUAAACAUUACCAACUUUAAACGUGAUAAUAGAUUUAUCAAAAUCACUCUAAUUAUAAUAAUCACUAUUAAUAAUCAAAUUAAUUCUCAAGUGAUUAGAAGGAUAAUCUUAAACCUAGAUGAGCUCAAAGCUUUCAAGCCUCGAAACAACCAUAACCCUUUGUCUUAGUUUAAUGAUAAUCGUCACAAUAAUUGGUAACAUACUUGUCUGUUUAUCUGUGGUUCUAGUCCGUAAACUAAGGUCACCUUCAAAUUACCUAUUGGUUAGCCUUGCCAUCUCUGACCUUUGUGUUGCCAUACUGGUUAUGCCUUUAGCACUUAACCUGGAGGUAAAAGGUUAUUGGGAUCUUGGUCCAACUUUAUGUGACAUGUGGGUCUCAUUUGAUGUAACCUCUUGUACCGCCUCAAUCUUGAAUCUUUGUAUGAUUUCAGUUGACCGAUACUUAACCAUAACCAAACCUUUAACCUAUGGUGUUAAACGAACCACCAAACGUAUGACCGCUUUCAUUGCCAUUGUUUGGGUCUCUUCGUGCCUCAUCAGUGUCCCUCCUCUUCUGGUUCUAGGUAAUGAACAUGGACCCGAUGAUAAGCCAACCUGUCAGGUAUCUCAACAAAUUGUCUACCAAUUAUAUGCCACCUUAGGAGCUUUUUACAUUCCCCUUGGAGUUAUGAUAAUACUUUACUAUAAAAUCUAUGGUGCAGCAAAAUCAGUCGUCGAUGCUGAACUGCGUUCAUUAGGUCACACCACCGAUCGCUUAGUUAAUAAUAAUAAUAACAACAAUAAUAUCAAUCUCAAUUCAACCUCAUCACAUUCCCACUCCACAAAUAUGAUGUACCAUCAACAGCAGCAACAACAACAACAACAUCAACCUCAUUCACGUUAUUUUCCUGUAAUUAAACCACUAUUAAAAUCAACAAUAACAACUUGCAAUAAACAACAAUAUGAUAAACCAUCAAGUGCAUCAGUUAAUUAUGAUUUUCAUCAGCAAUCUGAAUCAACAUUGAGUGAUAGUGAAUGUCAACAUGGUAAUAAGAUUGAUCAUUCAUUAAUAUAUCAUCAACAACAACAAACAAGAGACUCUGGUGCUGAGUGUUUCAAUGAAAUUGAUAAAUCAUCAACAAUUACAACUAAAUCAUCACCAACAUUAACAGUAGCAACAACAACAACAACCCCACCACCGCCACCACCACCAACAACAACAUUACCAACACCUCGCAAUGGUUUAAUUAAUUGUAAAGAUACAAUAACAAUUAAUGAAACAACCAUAAGUGAUACAGCACCAAAAUUAAGCUCUUAUCAUAAUAAUAAUAAUAAUAAUAAUAAUUCAAUUAGUAACAAUAAUAAUAACAACAAUAGUUUCAAUGUUAAUAAUAAUAAUAAUUCAACCAAUUCUGACAAUAAUUUUCAUUCAUCAUUACUUUCAUCAUAUAAACGGGUAAAAGAGUCAAUGUUAUCCUCAACUAAAUCGCACCAUAGAUCAACACUUAGCACUUCAUCACCUCCGACACCAACUCAGAAUAAGUAUCAUUCAUGUAUAAUUCAAUCACAUGGUAGUCCAAUUAAUUGUAACAAUUCUAGUUGCAUGUCAACAACAAAUUCAAAUACUUUUUGCUCAACUUUUGGUGGUGUACGAAAAUCGUUGGGCGAUCGUUUGUCCUUCCAUGCAGCGUUGAGUUCGGGCACCGAUAAGAGGCGAACCUCAUCAAUGCUUAAAGAAAGGAAAGCAUCGAUUACCCUUGGGGUCAUAAUGACCGCUUUUACCGCUUGUUGGUUACCCUUUUUCAUAUUGGCCUUGCUUCGUCCCUUUUCAGAGACAGUUAAUGCAAUCCCUCAUUGGAUUAGUUCACUUUGUUAUUGGCUUGGAUUAACCAAUUCAAUGCUUAAUCCGAUAAUCUAUGUUACCUUUCAUCAUGAUUUUCGGAAAGCAUUUCGUUACUUAUUGUGCCUACAAUGUUCAACAAUGGACUUUCGUUUACGUGAAAGAGCCUAUCAAAGUCAAUAUGGAAUCAACAAUUCAUCAGAUAAUCAUCUUCACCAUCUUCCCCAUCAUCAAGUUCAUCAUCAAUUUCAACAGAAUCAAUAUUAUACUCAUAACCAUCAUCAUUCAUCAUCUUCAUCACCUUCACCAUUUCAACCAAGUCCACUUCCUAUCCCAUCCUCAUCACCAAAUCAACUCACCUCUUGCCAACCAGUGUCUCAAUCAAAUCAAAUGGUUGGUGGUGGAGGUGGAGUGGGAACCGUAAUCUCUUGUAAUCUAAACCGUUCAGGUUCAAAUGAUGAGACCAGGAAGACAUUGGCACUUAAAGAGAACCUAAUUCCAGCCAAUUAUCAUUCAUCAUCUUCAUCACCAUCAUCCCCUCUUCUUCCUCACAAUCAGCAACAAUCAUCUUCAUUACAACCAUUAACAUCCAAUAUUGAUGAUAGAUUUACAUCUCAACAGGAACAUCUAUUAUUAUCCAAACAUACACCUUUAUGAUAACAACCGAUAAAUAUGAAAAUGAAACAAUAAUCAAGAAGAAGAUGUUAAUAAUUUUACUAAUAAUUACAUCAAAAUUAAUAUAUAAAUAUAAUUCCAUCAUCAUCUUAACUUCCUCUCGCUUUCUCCUCAAUCAUCAUGGUCCAUCAUCUGCAUCUUCAUCAAUUCUACAACCCAAACAUCUCUCUCUCUCUCUCUCACCUUUAACAUCUCACAAACAUGAAGACAAAACCACCAAACGAAAAUAUUAUUUCAUUAAUGUCACUUUUUAUUCUUAAUGUAUCAAUGAAUCGAAAUGAAAAGUUCUGAACUUCUCAAGAUAUUAUAUUAUGUGAAAUACUAUCCAAGUGAAAAUCAACUGAAUGUGAAUAAAAAGAAGAUAAAAUCACUGUUAUCGUUCA